AUGACUUCAGCAAAUAUUGAUGGUAUUAAACGUUCAAAUGUAUGUGGUGAAGGAUAUCGUAUUGAAGGUGUUCUACUUAAAUCUUAUCCAUAUUCAACGAGUGAAACAUAUCUACCUUAUGAAGAUUGUUUAAUGUCAUUUCAGGCUCGACGAUCGAAUAAUCAAAUACGUAUACGUAUUCUUACACUUGAUCUUAAUGAUAUUCAUGCAGGUACCGAUUGCUUAGAUUCACUUCGUUUUUAUAAAUCAGUACAUAUGAAAGAUUCAGAUAAACUUGAUUCAGUUGAAUGUGGUCAAUUAAAUGAAACGAAUAAUUUUAGUUUUAUAUCACCAACAGGCAUUGUUACUGCUCAUUUUACUUCGGAUGGUGGAAAUGUUAAUGGACUUGGUUUUAGAGUAGUUCUCACAUCCUUUCGUUCUCCGAAUAAAACUCAUCCAUGUGAUCUAAAUGAUGAAGAAUUUCCUUGUGAGAACGGAGAUUGUAUCAGUAGUUUACUUUUAUGUGAUGGUAUUGACCAUUGUUUGGAUGGAUCAGAUGAAUCAACAAAUCUUUUAUGCAAUUCUAAUAAUAUGAAGCCUUCAAAACAAACUAAUAUCGAGUCAAAACCUUCUUCAGGAGAAACGACAUAUCAACAAUGGCGUGGAAUAUUAAUUCUCAUUUUUUUCUUUAUUAUAUUUCUUGUAUUUGCAUUAUUUAUAAUUUAUUUCCUUUGUCGUCGUUGCUAUUAUCUAUCAAAAUCUUCAAUCAACAAUGUACAAAGACGUUAUUCAACUAUGGUUAAUACUCCGUUAAAUGUACGUAAACAAUCAACAACAACAACUCGAGUUAUUAUACAAAAUUCUACACGUCUUGACGCUGAUUAUAAUCUGCUUUAA